GUGAGAGCUUGUUGACAAGAAAUGGCGAGGAGAGUGAGCGCUCCAGGUCCAGCACGUUUAAGAGAAAAUGAUGAAUCAGUUGGAGAUAGCGAAAAAUCGUCAUCCUGGCUAGUAUGUAAUGCUAAUGGAUGCUAUCGACUUGGAAGCGGAGGUAGCAGAUUCAGGAGAAGAUCAAUAAAUCCUCCUCCACCUGUACUUCUCUUUGGAAGGAAAGGACACCUGUGGGAAGAUGAAAAGAAGCGCAGCAGCCAUGUAGACCCCUCGGAGCACUUCUUGGCCUGGGCCAAGCCACCCCAGAAUGUGCUAGUAAUAAAAAAACUAAUGGAUCAGGAGGUGACGGAAAGCUUUAAGGAACUCACCCGAUGGCUCACAGAGGAGAGAAAAAUGGUUAUUUACGCUGAAGAAUCUGCUGUACGGGAUCUACUAGUACGCAAAGACGAAAAAUUUACAUGUGUGAGAUCGAAAAUGUGCAUUUUUAAAGAGGGCGACCAGUUAGAUGAUAAAAUCGACUUUGUCAUCUGCAUGGGAGGGGAUGGAACACUUUUGCAUGCUUCAUCUUUGUUUCAGUCCAGCUGCCCUCCUGUUAUGGCAUUUCAUCUUGGUUCUUUGGGAUUUCUCACGUCGUUUAGAUUUCAAGAUUUUCGAGAUAAAAUAACCAAAAUCUUAGAAGGUCGUGCGGGCUUAACUCUAAGAAGCAGACUCCAGUGUGACUUUAUCAAGCGUGACAAGGAAAAGACACGUCACUUGGUAUUGAACGAGGUGGUCGUUGACCGUGGUCCGUCUUCGUACCUCACAAACUUAGAAAUAUAUUGCAAUGACCACCACAUCACAUCCGUACAAGGAGACGGUCUUAUCGUCUCCACCCCAACUGGCAGUACAGCAUAUGCAGUAGCUGCAGGAGCCUCGAUGGUUCACCCCAGCGUGGCCGGAAUCUUAGUUACUCCUGUCUGUCCGCACUCUCUCUCAUUCAGGCCCAUCAUCCUCCCAGCGGGAGUAGAACUUAAGAUUGUAGUCAGUUCAGAGAGCAGAAGUUCAGCUUGGACCUCAUUUGAUGGAAGACAGCGACAAGAACUUCACGUGGGAGACAGCAUUCAAAUUACGACGUCUAUUUACCCUGUGCCGUGUGUAAAUAGUGAAAAUCAGAUAGCGGACUGGUUUGUAAGUCUGGCCGAGUGUCUUCAUUGGAACGUAAGACAGAGACAGCGUAACCUAUCAAUAACGGAUUGCCAUGUUUGAUUCUUCGUAGCAACAAAUUAGAAUUCAAUUUCCUCUGCAGCUCUGGUCAGAACAUCAUUUCCACGUCAGCCUCGAGCUCAAUGAAAUAUUUUUUGCGGUAAAGCUUUGGCUCUGCCGAUAAGUGAAUUACGAAGCCCUCCUCAGUCACUUUACGUUAGAGUGCUCCAAGGAACGUCAUUAUGCAUUCAUCAU